AUUGGAGAGUGAAGGUAUGAAAAUAAAGAGUAGAAACUGCCCCACGUCCAUCAGUGCAGGGAGGGUUUGUGGAUGUGGAUUGUUCCGGUCUGCGUCUGCUGGUAGGAGGCUCAGUCAGUCUUUGACCUUAGCAGCUGCUGUUGACUAGACGCUGGCUGACGCACAGGUGAGCCAUGCCUUCUGUUUCUGGUAAUGCAGCUUCGGAAGGUGUUCCUACUCUUUACCCACAUGCAGCUAACCUGAUAAAUGCAGAUGUCACUCUGGGUCAAAAGUCUUCCAGUGAGACUUAUGUUGAUGGAGACGCCAUAACUAUCACCCAUGGUCACAAGUUAUCUGUAAAUAGAGAACAGGACUGUCUCAAGGUUCAGGAUGAAUCACCCUGUGAGAGUGGGGAAAACAGUGAGAGUGAGCUGGAGAACAGAGAAGAGGCUGCUGAUGAGAGGAACUGGAUCCGACCUGAUUUGCCCAGCAGAUGUACCUGGAGGCUGGGAGCACCUGUUUCAGAGUCACCUCACAGCCACCCAGCAAGCAUCAAGACCCCCAGAAUCCUCCCCAACAUCCUCGGGAAAAUUGGGGACACACCUCUGGUUCGUCUGAACAAAGUCCCUCAGGAGUUUGGACUGAAGUGUGAGAUUUUGGCCAAGUGUGAGUUCUUCAAUGCAGGAGGCAGCGUGAAGGACAGGAUCGCCCUGCGGAUGGUGGAAGACGCUGAGAGAGCUGGGAUCCUCAAACCAGGAGACACUAUCAUUGAGCCCACCUCUGGCAACACAGGUAUUGGCCUUGCUUUGACUGCUGCAGUGAAAGGCUACCGCUGCAUUAUCACCAUACCUGAGAAGAUGAGCUUGGAGAAGGUGAAUGUGUUGAGAGCUCUCGGAGCAGAAAUAGUGCGUACUCCUACUUCUGCAGCUUUUGAUUCACCAGAAUCCCAUGUGGGUGUGGCAUGGCAUCUAAAGAAUGAGAUCCCCAACUCGCACAUCCUCGACCAAUAUCGUAACGCCAGCAACCCCCUGGCUCACUAUGACACUACAGCUGAGGAGAUAUUGGAGCAGUGUGACGGUAAACUGGACAUGUUGGUGACUGGAGCUGGCACAGGUGGUACACUCACUGGUGUUGCUCGAAAGUUGAAGGAGAAGUGCCCCAAUAUCAAGAUAGUUGCUGUGGACCCUGAGGGCUCCGUUUUGAUUGGAUCAGACAACUCAGAUCAGAAUGAAAACAAGAUUUCGUAUGAAGUGGAGGGCAUCGGAUAUGACUUUAUCCCCACAGUGCUGGACAGAUCUCUUAUUGACAUGUGGUAUAAAUCAACUGAUAAGGAGACAUUUAUCAUGUCACGCAAACUCAUCAGAGAGGAGGGUCUUCUGUGUGGUGGCAGCUCCGGCUCAGUCAUGGCAGCAGCAGUGAAGAUGGCUCAGCAGCUUGAGGAGGGCCAGCGCUGUGUGGUCAUCCUGGCCGACUCUGUCCGCAACUACAUGUCAAAGUUCCUGAGUGACCAGUGGAUGUAUGAGAAGGGCUUCCUCAGCCCGGAGCCUCCCAUGGAUUUCAAACCCUGGUGGUACAACCUGACUGUCCAGUGUCUACAUCUGUCGGCCCCCCUCACCAUCUUACCAUCUGUGUCCUGUCAGAAAACCAUUGAGAUCCUGAAGGAGAAAGCAGUUGACCAGGCCCCAGUCGUUGAUGAGUCAGGUGGGAUCCAGGGAAUGGUGACGCUGGGGAACAUUCUGUCCUCUGUGUUGUCUGGGAAGGUCAAACCCUCAGAUGCUGUCAGCAAGGUGCUCUGCAAGCAUUUCAAACAGGUGCUCCUGACAGACCACCUGGGGAAGCUGUCCCAUAUCCUUGAAAUGGACCACUUUGCCCUUGUGGUUUAUGAUCAUACCUGGUAUAAGGCUGAUGGGUCAGCUUGCCAGAGGCAGAUGGUGUUUGCUGUUGUGACAGCGAUCGACCUCCUCAACUACAUCACCACACACGAGAGGGAGGAUCACUCGUCAUCUGAAUGCUCACUGUCGGAUGACGCGUCUCUGUGAUUUCCUGUGACUUCAUUUCCUGUUUAAGACGUGGACGAUACCGCCUGUUGAGGCAGCACAUGAGCACCUGCGAUUUAGUCUAAGUCAUGUUUGUUUUCAGUGGUUUUGGGGCUACAUAUGUUGUUGUCCCAUCUGUGGAGGUGAUUCUUUGACUUUGUUUCCACAUAAGCAAUAUUAUGUAGUAUUAAUAUAUUAUAUAUAUUAUUUUGAGUCUGCUGUAAAAACUCACUGGAGCCCUAAAUUUGUAUUAAUCUGCAGCUGAAAUUAGUCCCCGUUAAAUGCACUAUUUACUCCUGUUUGAGUAACAUUUGCAAAAAACUACAGUGCCCAGCUAUUUUAGGAAAUUACAGAGCCUUUUAUAAAAAUGAAAGAAUAUAUUUAUGAUUUUCUGUACAUCUUGGGGCAGACAGAGAAGGGUUAGUUGGAUUGUAUUGAAAGAUGGACUAAUGCAUUGUUAGUUUUGGUCUUUUCAUAGAAUUUGUUGACAAUAAGAAAAACAUAGAAAAGGGCUGCCUCAUACUUAAUGAGUCUUGAUUUGCACCUACUGAAUGUAAUUUAAUUCUAAUUAUUUUAAUGGCAUUAAUCAUUAAUAAUGCUGGUUAAGUUAGGUUAAAUGUUAUUGUUUUAAAUGCUGUGUACUUGUAGCUCUAAUGGCUAUAGUGAAGCCAAGAAGGAUCUGACAAAAAAAGUCAUAACAUAAAGUCCACUUACUAGCUUUUUCCAGGUGGAGUUUGGUGUCAGAAGUGAACGGCAUCCUUGAUCUUUUUCCAGUCAUGUGCUGACUCCUGAUCGAUGACUUUGACUGGGGUUGGUCUGGUGUUUGCAUACGGAUUCAUGUAACGUCCCCCACAUAUACAACCACCUGUUAUCACAAGACCAAUUUUCCAUACUUAGGUUAAGUGAUGGCAGUUGAACCAUCUCUAUGACAACUUCUGAACAUCGAUCCACAGAGGAAGACCAUGAGAUGCAGUUGAAAAUGCUGGGAAAACUGGAUAUAUUUUUUCCAAGGUUAACAGUGAAUGUUCAUGCUGAAGGAAGGAUGGUGCAAGUUGAGUAUUUAUAAUAAUUUGCUUUAAAACAAUAGAUUGGUAAAUAAAAUAAACUGAAACAUCUAUUAAUAUAAAG